AUGGGGGUUGGGCGGCAGCCACUAGAAGCCAGAAAAGCAAAAUCUGGCGUCGCCCAUCGCGCUGCACAUCGGAGCGUCGCGGGCGUUUUCUCCUUUUAUGCCUGGACCCCGUCGGAGGACGCAGGACCACAGCCCCGCCCACCCGAGGGCCGCCGCCCCGGAGGACCGGCUCCAGACCACGGCCCCGCCCACCCGAGGGCCGCCGCCCCCGAGGACCGGCUCCAGACCACGGCCCCGCCCACCCGAGGGCCGCCGCCCCGGAGGACCGGCUCCAGACCACGGCCCCGCCCACCCGAGGGCCGCCGCCCCGGAGGACCGGCUCCAGACCACGGCCCCGCCCACCCGAGGGCCGCCGCCCCGAGGACCGGCUCCAGACCACGGCCCCGCCCACCCGAAGGCCGCCGCCCCCGAGGACCGGCUCCAGACCACGGCCCCGCCCACCCGAAGGCCGCCGCCCCCGAGGACCGGCUCCAGACCACGGCCCCGCCCACCCGAGGGCCGCCGCCCCCGAGGACCGGCUCCAGACCACGGCCCCGCCCACCCGAGGGCCGCCGCCCCCGAGGACCGGCUCCAGACCACGGCCCCGCCCACCCGAGGGCCGCCGCCCCCGAGGACCGGCUCCAGACCACGGCCCCGCCCACCCGAGGGCCGCCGCCCCCGAGGACCGGCUCCAGACCACGGCCCCGCCCACCCGAAGGCCGCCGCCCCCGAGGACCGGCUCCAGACCACGGCCCCGCCCACCCGAGGGCCGCCGCCCCCGAGGACCGGCUCCAGACCACGGCCCCGCCCACCCGAGGGCCGCCGCCCCCGAGGACCGGCUCCAGACCACGGCCCCGCCCACCCGAGGGCCGCCGCCCCCGAGGACCGGCUCCAGACCACGGCCCCGCCCACCCGAAGGCCGCCGCCCCCGAGGACCGGCUCCAGACCACGGCCCCGCCCACCCGAGGGCCGCCGCCCCCGAGGACCGGCUCCAGACCACGGCCCCGCCCACCCGAGGGCCGCCGCCCCGAGGACCGGCUCCAGACCACGGCCCCGCCCACCCGAGGGCCGCCGCCCCCGAGGACCGGCUCCAGACCACGGCCCCGCCCACCCGAGGGCCGCCGCCCCCGAGGACCGGCUCCAGACCACGGCCCCGCCCACCCGAAGGCCGCCGCCCCCGAGGACCGGCUCCAGACCACGGCCCCGCCCACCCGAGGGCCGCCGCCCCCGAGGACGGGCACAGGACGCGGCCCCGCCCACCUGAGGGCCGCCGCCCCCGCGGACCGGCUCAGGACGCGGCCCCGCCCACAUGAGGGCCGCAACCCCCAACUGAGGGCUGCCCCAACCCCACGGGCGCAGGACCAGUGCCCCGCCCACCCGAGGGCCGCCGCCCCCCCACGGUUGCAGGACAGCGCAGGCAGCCGGCAGGGGGCGCUGCGGGUCCACGUUCACGCAGGGCUUUCCGCUCCAUCCGGGCCCCUGGAAUGCUCACUUAUUUGGCGAGCGUGCCCACCUGGCUGGCUCCACGGCAUGAUCCCGCCUCUGCCGGCUUUCAUCCCGGGCCUCUUCCCGCUCCCAUUCCCACGUUCCCUCGAGUCUGUCGCUGGAGGUUUCUCGAACUUGCGAGGCUGCAUCUUCCUGCCUCGCACAGCGGCCUGUUCAGGGCCUGCAAUGCCUUCCCGCCGUCGCCCUACACGCCAUCUAGGCCGGGGUCCAGUGUUUGCUCUAGAGUCGGACUUCCUGGGCUCAAAUCCCAGCUUCCGCACUUGGUAG